GCGGAGCGAUGAGCCCCGUGGCCUUAAUGCUGGGCUUGAAGACCUUGUGGGUUUUGGCUUUUUCCUCGCUUUCCAACACGUCGGCGGUGAAUAACAGCGGCCGGUGGUGGGGAAUAAUCAACGUGGCCUCCUCAACCAACCUGCUGACAGACUCAAAGAAUGUGCAGCUGGUGCUGGAUCCUUCGCUGCAGCUGCUGAGCCGCAAGCAGCGCAAGCUCAUCCGCCAGAACCCAGGCAUCCUGCACAGCAUCAGCAGCGGCCUGCAGAGUGCCAUCAAAGAGUGCAAGUGGCAAUUCCGCAACCGCCGAUGGAAUUGCCCCACCAUGCCGGGGCCCAACAUUUUUGGCAAGAUUGUCAACAGGGGUUGCCGGGAGACUGCUUUCAUCUUUGCCAUCACUAGCGCCGGUGUGACCCACUCCGUGGCCCGCUCUUGCUCUGAAGGCUCCAUCGAAUCGUGCACUUGUGACUAUCGCCGGCGGGGCCCAGGUGGUCCCGACUGGCACUGGGGCGGCUGCAGUGACAAUGUCGACUUUGGCAGGGUCUUUGGACGAGAGUUUGUUGACUCGAAUGAGAAAGGGCGGGACCUGCGUUUCCUGAUGAAUUUACACAACAACGAGGCAGGACGUCUGACAGUCUUCACUGAAAUGCGUCAGGAAUGUAAGUGUCAUGGAAUGUCGGGAUCUUGCACUGUCAAGACCUGCUGGAUGCGGCUACCCACUUUCAGAACCGUGGGUGACUUCCUCAAGGAUCGCUUUGAUGGUGCCUCGCGUGUCAUCUAUGGCAACAAAGGUAGCAACCGAGCCUCCCGUGUGGAGCUGCACCACCUGGAGCCUGAAAACCCUGCCCACAAACCUCCUUCUCCCCAUGACUUGGUCUACUUUGAGAAAUCACCCAACUUCUGCACCUACAGUAGCAAGACAGGCACAGCGGGCACAGCUGGCCGCAUAUGCAACAGCUCCUCCCCGGCCCUGGACGGCUGUGAGCUGCUGUGCUGUGGGCGGGGGUACCGGACCCGGACCCAACAGGUCACGGAACGCUGCAACUGCACGUUCCAUUGGUGUUGCCACGUCAGCUGCUUGAACUGCACCAGCAUGCAAAUCUUGCAUGAGUGCUUGUGAGCAAGGAAGGGAAAG